CGGUUCCACAUUCAGAAGCGAUAAAGCUUCACUGUAUUUUUAUACUUACAGGAUGAUGCACCACUGCUUCUAGAUUUCAUGAACCUCACCCUGUUUGAACCCCUCAAUCCCCCCACAAAUGGACUGUUUGGAUGGUUCACCAAAAUAUCUGUUCUGUUUACUCGUCAUACGUCAACCAUUCAUUCAGUAGACUCUACAAAACUCACAAGGGUUUGAGACGCACCUGAAUCCUCGAUAUAUUUUCUCAAGGGCAUAUUGCUUCAGAAGUGUUCUUCCACAAACCACUGUAUUUGUUAUAGCAAAAUGUCGACAGACAAUCUUAAACAAUUGGUAGAAAAGCAGACUGCCGAGAUCGCCGCACUGAAAAGUGAGCUGUUGGCAAGAGACACCCGGAUUGCGGACCUGACAGGAUUAUUGGACAAAUAUCAGAGCGUAUUUUCCAGACAAACAAACCAGAUGAAUCUCAUUAGUGAUGGCCUUGGUGGAGGAACAACACCUUCCAUUAAGCCCAGAAAGCGUGGUAUCGGUAUAUCAGCAGAGCCGGAGGAUGCGUCGAAAAUCAUGACGCAUGAGUUGAAACGUUACCCAAAACCCAAUGAGGAUGAUCUUCAGUCGGCACUCUCACCUACUGAAUUCGAAUUACUAGAUACCAAAGCGAAGGAAGUGAAAUCAGCUCAAGGUAAACAAUGUAAGGACAGACAAAUACGUGAGUUCGAGAAAUUGCUUUCUACCACUCGCUGUUCUAGUAACACAGCAGAGAAGAAUAGACCCUUAAGUGAAGAGGAACGGUGUCUGUUAGAGAAAGGAUUGAAUUUUGCAGUAAGUAAAGGCGUUAUAAGGGCAGAAGAGAUCGUCCCUAGUGUUGAGUCUGUAUUCCAGAAGCUUCCUUCAAUGGAAGCGGAAAAAUUACGUGUAUUGUUGGUCACAGUCCUGAAGUCCCAGCAACCAGGGGUUCCAAAUAUUGCACCAGCUGAGCGAAGAGCCUUAAACACGUUAAAAAAUGUAGAUAGCAUAGUAAUUACAAAGGCAGAUAAAGGCAAGGCCACAGUCGUCAUGAAUAAGAGUGACUAUCUUCAUAAAGUUAGACAACACAUAGCUGAUGGUCCUUAUCGACAAAGUAGUAACGGAAAGAUCACGUCAAUUAUGAGUAGUAAGAGUAAAGUUGAAGUUGGGAAGUAUCUGAGAUCUGAGAUAAACCAUCUGGGGCAAGGCAAGUGGUAUCAAUUGUACCCAAAAAGUGCAAUCCAACCACGACUGUACGGGUUACCGAAAAUUCACAAGGAAGGUGUCUUCAUAAGCCCAAUAGUGGAUGGCAUAGGUUCACCACCAUAUCAGUUGGCCAGAUAUCUAGCAGGUAUCCUUAAACCACUUGCCGGAAAGUCACCCACACACAUCCAAGUAGCUGGGCUUCAGAUGGAGCCAGACGAAGUCCUGGCUAGUUUUGACGUCAAUUCGAUGUAUACCAACGUCCCUAGAGCGGACGCUGUGGAAGUGGCGAGAAGACUUUUACUGGCAGACACAAUGCUGAAGGAACGAACGCAACUCUCCGUAGACGAGAUAGUUGAAGGCAUAAAAGUAUGCCUAAACCUCAGUCAUUUUGUUUCUGACUCAGUUGUAUACACUCAAGAACAAGGUUUAGCGAUGGGAUCACCAAUAUCUCCGAUUUUGGCCAACAUUGUCCGAAAAAUUAUAAAGCAAGCAAUCAUGGAAAACGACUUCCUUAAUCACUUGGCACAAGAUCAAUUGAACAAUUUGAUUGACUGCAUGUACUUGAUUGCUCAUCGAGCCGGAGAAACCUUGAUCAACGAGGGCGACUUUGGAGAUUUGGUGUACGUACUUUUUGACGGAGUCCUGGAAAUUUGGAAGGAUGGAGUGAAAGUUCGAGACGUCAACAGAUGCACUGUACUUGGUGAACUAGCCGUCCUCUACAACUGUGAAAGGACAGCAACUGUAAAAGCGGCAACCGCCUGUCGGUUAUGGGCAAUUGACCGGAAAUCUUUCCAGACUAUACUCCGCAAAAAGAACAUCCAGAGGCUUCAAAGCAGAUUGGCUUUUUUGAGAAGUGUGCCAACGUUCCAUGACCUGCCCGAUACCACUUUGUCCCAAAUGGCCGAUCAGUUGACUGAGGUACGCUACGCACCAAAUGAAUACGUCAUCCGUCAGGGUGCCCGAGGUGACAACUUCUACAUUGUGUGUCAAGGGCAAGUGCAUGUAACCGUGCAAGAAGUUGAAAAAUCUGGUGAGAUCAACACGUCCACAAAGCCAAAGUUUAUUCGCACACUAGGACGUGGAGAGUGGUUUGGAGAAAUGGCACUGAAAGGUUCAUACAAUGCGCUGAUAGGAGAUUUGGAAGCGCUGCAACGUCACUAUGCUGAUUUGAAAAUCCGUCAAGUUUCGAAGCUCGAGGACCGCACUCGGUUUUCCCAUGUUCUUUUGGAAAACUUGAAGACUAUUGGGACAAUGGGCGUGGGUGGAUUUGGUCGAGUUGAAUUGGUAAAACUGAAUGAUAGCGACGGCCAGAGUUUUGCUCUGAAGAAAAUGAAGAAAAAUCAUAUUGUUCGAACAAAACAGCAGGAGCAUGUCAUUAACGAGAAAACGAUUCUUUUGGAGGUCAACUCGGAGUUCAUUGUCAAGCUAUGGAAGACCUUCAGGGAUUCGAAGUACGUCUAUCUACUAAUGGAGCCCUGCCUUGGUGGUGAACUCUGGACGCUACUACGUGAUCAAUUCUUCUUCAACGAGACAACAACUCAGUUCUAUGUGGCAUGUGUGGUGGAGGCAUUGGACUACCUGCACUCACUCAACAUAAUCUUCCGUGAUUUAAAGCCGGAGAAUCUUAUACUGGAUAAUGAAGGUUACUGCAAACUGACUGAUUUCGGAUUUGCCAAGCGAGUCCCCAGUGGAAGCAAAACGUGGACAUUCUGUGGCACACCUGAAUAUAUGGCACCCGAAGUAAUCUUGAAUAAAGGACAUGAUUCGGCUGUGGAUUUCUGGUCUUUAGGCAUCCUGAUUUAUGAACUUUUAACGGGCUUACCUCCAUUUGAUUCUCCCGAUGCAAUGAGGACGUACAACCUGAUUUUGAAAGGUUUGGAUGCCGUUGGCUUCCCACCAAAAGUUACAGGAAACGCACAAAAUUUAAUCAGGAAGUUGUGCAGAGACUCUUCAGUGGAACGUUUUGGUUACGGAAAGGGAGGCAUACGAGAAGUGGAGAAGCACGUCUGGUUUGAGGGUUUUGAUUGGAAAGGCCUUCAGAAACGUGUCCUUGAACCUCCUUACCGGAGACAAGUUGAUUCACAACAAGAUUUACGGAACUUUGACAAAUGUCCGGAAGAUAAAGGGGAACCUCCUGACGAACUUUCAGGCUGGGAUGCAAAUUUCUAACGGCUGGACGAUAACUGGGACUUUCCGGCACUCACUAACCAUUCCAAUCAGGUUUUAAGCAGAGUUUUCGUACAUGCUCAAUAUCGGCAGAUAUGACAUUCAGUUUCCGUUGGUCUUUGAGAAAACGCACCCACACGUGUGUAACUUACUUCGCCAGACCUCCUCACUUCUCAACACUCUUGCAUCCACGAGCGCCGACUUUGCUGUGGAAAUUUUGUGCCUUUUGUGAAAGUGAAAUUAUAAAAAAUAUAUACAUUUU